AUGACUUCGGAUAGGGUGCAGGAUUCAUCUUCACAUGCCUUUCCUACCAAGCAGCUCACGAUCCUUGCAAUAUGUCGGUUCUCGGAGCCAAUCGCCUUCAACUCCAUCCUCGCGUACACGUACGUGAUGGUGCAGGACCUGCACGGCGGCGACGACACCGACGCCUCCUUCUACGCCGGCCUCCUGGUCUCGGCGUACGCCGUCGCCGAGGCCCUGACCGCCAUCGGCUGGGGCGCGCUCUCGGACAGGUACGGUAGGAAGCCGGUCGUGCUCUUCGGGCUCGGCGGCGUCGCCAUUUCCAGUCUCAUCUUCGGCCUGGCGACUAAGUACUGGGUAGCGCUAUUGGCUAGAUUUAUCGGCGGCGCCUUGAAUGGGAAUGUUGCCGUAAUGCAAACGAUGGUUGCGGAAAUGGUCAAGAUGCCGGAGCACGAGCCCAAAGCCUACGCCACCCAGCCCUUCGUCUGGACUCUAGGCGGGAUUAUCGGAUCCGCCAUGGGAGGAUUUCUAGCCCAGCCGGCGGUAUUCUAUCCCUCGCUAUUUCCCGCCGAUGGCAUCUUCGGACGAUACCCUUAUCUACUGCCGAAUCUCGUGUCGGUCAUCGUCAUCGUGUUGGCUAUUAUACAGGGGAUACUUUUCCUCGAGGAAACUAAUCCGCGACACGGAAAGACUACCUAUCUUGAAACCGUCUUCGAAGACGAUGACGAUGUCGUCGAUGAGCGUACUCCGCUCCACCGCCGUCCCAAGGAUCGAAGAUCAUCCGCUCGGAGCCACUCGUGCGCCGCAAGCGAUAGACCGGUAUUUAUCGAGGAAAGUCUUCCGGUGCCAGUCGAGCAGAACUUCGAUCUGAGGAGGUCGUCUUUUGGGACCGUGCGUUCGAUCAAGCUUCUUCCUAGCUCCCCGAAGCAGAACGAGGGGUUUAAUGGCCGGGCCUUCAAUUUCACCAUCAUAAUGGUAACCAUCGCACUCGUCCUAGUUUCAUACCAUCAGAUGGCGUUCAAUACCCUUCUACCUACGCAUCUCUUAGAUAGGCCAGCGGCGGCUCCAGGCCAACUUGAUUUGAUCGGUGGCUUGGGGUACACUGUCCACGACGUAGGAAUCUACUUGUCUGUUAAUGGGAUCCUCGGUCUGCUCAUUCAGGGGUUCAUAUUCCCGAUUUUCGUAGACAAGAUCGGAGUAUGGAAGUCGUUUCUCAUCAACAUCGUUUUCUAUCCUCUAGCAUACGUGGUCAUGCCUUUCUUAUCUGCUUUGCCCCCUUCACUUGUAUCCCCCGGAAUUUAUUUCUCCAUGAUCCUACAGAGCCUCUUCGGUAUCAUUGUUAUUCCCUGCGCUCUCAUUCUGUUGAAAGAUGCCACGCCGUCUCCACUCGUGCUUGGGAAGGUCAACGGAUUAGCUAUGUCUGCUUGCUGUUUAGCUCGAACCGUAUCCCCGCCACUAGUAGGUAUCAUCUACAGUGCUGGUGGUUCCGCGGCUGCUUGGUUUAGCUGCUCUGGCGUCGCAGUAAUCGGGAUUAUACAACUCCUCUGGGUACCAAGGAAGCAUGUACGUACCGUUAUGGUCAAGAACAGUACGAUGGUGAGUAAAAGCCGGCCGGAUUUGCGAAGUGAGGAAACAGAAAUCUGUCCUGCUAUAUCGGAGUAA